AUUCCAUGUUUGUGUUUAGGUUACAUUUUUUAACAAAUUAGUGGGGUAUUUAAGUAUCAUGAUAGAAAGUUCGGAUUAUGUUUUCGACAGGUGGAACUCUAGUCAUUUCUUAUCUCGCGAACAGCAUCAUUCUGUGAUAAAUUAGUGUAGUGUAUCGUCAAUUACUGGAAACAUAAUCGACCCAAUAGUGCCACUGUCAAUAAAGGUAUUCAAUGAAAAUAUUUCUGAAAACACAAUCACAGACACCGGUCGUAAUUUUUUAUCAAUAUUAGUGUAGUGUGUGGUUUAUGUACGGUGUCCGUGAGAAAUUAUCAGCUUGAAUAGAUUAGACAGAUAAAUUAACGGAAUGGAUGCCGCGGUCGAGUCGGAUAUUCCUCAAUGGAAAAAGGAUUUAAUAGCUCGCCUGAAGAAUCAAAAUAAAACGGUGGCCACGGUUGGCAGCGUAGAUCAACAGCUGUACGCAUCCCCUCAAAGCUCUUCGAGCCGACCGGGCCAUCAACCUAUCCUAACGUGCAAGAGUGAGUCAGUAACGUCUGGUAGUUCGUGUUUGACUGUAGUGAACGAUCAGAGUGAUGUGAAUUAUACGUGUUCGUCGAACGGCAAAUCCAAAAUGGUUCAAGAACGGGCCUGGGUGGACAAUAACCACGAACAUUUCGCGGAAGUGGUGAGUGAUAAUUAUGAAAACAACGGCUACCACAAAGAUGAGGACUCGGAUUCAUCAGAGGACUUACAUUACGGCCCGGGCAUCGUCAAGAAGUUGAAGAAUAAAUACCUCAGUCUCGCCCUUCGAGACAGUGUGUCCAGGCCCAGCAUACUGCACAUGAGAAAGGCCACCUCGCUGGAAAACUUGCUGGACGACGACAUACAAGACGCGAAAAGCGAAAACCGACAUUUUCAGUCGAGACUGAAGAGUGAAAAUGACAGGAAUUCCUCAAACCGGUAUCGGAAUGCGGGCCGGCAGGGCCGCGAAAUGAAAAGAGCCCGGUCCGUGGAGGCUAUUUCGAGUAGGGACAACGUUUCUGUGGUUUCGAACGAGGUGCGCCCCAAUCGUCAGUCAUUGCACGAGGAAAUGCUUAUCGCCGAAGGAAACGACUAUCCCCACAGGAAAGUCGAUAAGCCGGACACGAACGGAGAAAAUAAGUUCAGUACUACGACCGGUUACAGAAUAAACAGACCCAAAAGAAUACAACCUGUGAUGAACGAAAAAGAAAAACCGCCCGCCGACGUCGUCAAACAGGCAAAAAUGAUUUUUGAAAGGCGGCCCGAGCUCCGCACCAGGGCUCCUCCGCAAACCGGAGGAGUAGCCGCCAAAGUUGAUAGUUUCAACAACAUCAUCGUGAAAGCGAAGGUCGAAGCUAGGAAGCCCCUGGUCAAGGGGACCAAACCAGUACUUAAUGAUAAAAAAAUUAGUAAUACUCGCCCAGUGGCCAAACCAGUAGUUUUAGUCGAAGAGAAACACGUCAAGCAGCCUUUGAAGAAUCUAGACUUCAACAAACUGCCGAAAAAUGACUUCAGAGAAGUGCCUUUGCCUAGCCCCAUUCCGGACGUAUCCAGGAUCGAUUUUCACAACAAUGCAGAAACGGAGCAUGGCAAUAUUGUUAGCAGUCUUUCGGAAACCCCGGAUCUCAUCCUUACUUCUAGUCCACUGCCAAUCCACUCGCCAACGUUCAGGAAGAACCUAACAGAGAAUUUCAUCAAAGAGGAGAUACGCAUUUCCAAUAACGUUUUUGAAAAUAACAAACAGCCCAGUCCUGUCUUGAGCCCGAAGAAACUGACAAGUCCCCUGUUGAGCCCGAAUAUGGUGAAACCUGCUAGUCCGCUUGCAAGUCCCAGCAUCAAUAAACCAUCUAGCCCGAGCCCAACGCUCUUCAAACCAACUUACGUGGUUUAUGAAGAUGACGAUUUGGAUUCGAGCUUCAAAAGAGUUUCACCCACCAGCAUGAACAACAUUUCCAAAGAGUCCGGGACGGCGUUGUACAACUUCACAAACAAGAAAGUUAACCAAGAGCACCUUCCUGCUACCAACAACGUUUCGAGCGUGAAGACUCCUCCAACGCAGCAACUGAAAAUCGAGGUUAAUGGCCAUACUGAGCCUAAAAUCUCGGCGUCUCCUCCUAAGGGUUUGUUGCAGACGCAACGGCCUAAGUCUCCUCCUGUAAUUUCUCCUCCGCCUAGAUUUUCUCCUCCACCUCCUCCGGUUAUUCCUACCCCGAAACCAGAAAAACCUUUAACGGUGACAGAGAUCGAAAAAAAUUCAAUAAACAUUGCGAAAAGCGAGGGUAAAAUCCCGCCACAGCCGGGCAAGAGUAGUGCUUUCGCGAAUAACAGUGUGGAAGUGGUGAACAGAAAUGUAGUGCCAAAAAAGAACAGGAGCAAGGAACCGGUUUCGAACACGGCGGUUUUCAAUUUUACUAAUAGGAAAGAUGUGCCGGACUAUAUUUCCAACGACAGGUCACGGACACCUGCCCGACCAGAGAUGCCCAAGCCUGGUGAAGGUGGUAUAAUACUAUUACCCAACGCCAUUGAUUCCUUCACGGAUGAAGAUGAAGAAAUCGCACGAUCUCUGGAACGCCCUUGGGGCCGUAUCACUACGGCCCGCGAUCCUAAUGUGUUACAAAGAAAAGCGUGUGCCUAA